GUCUCUCGGGGUGCCGGGGCCCGAGGCAGCUCCUCUUAACCCACGGUCUUCGAGAUACCGGGAGGACACAGGCAGCGACAAGCGAGCCCGAGCUGGAUAAGGUUUGCUGGGAGACCAGAGGCGAUGGAGGCCAGAGAAGGAAAGGAACUCUUUCUGAAACAAAGGCAAGUCUUUGUAUUUUUUGUUUUGCUGGGCGUAGCUCAAUCUGGUUCCGAGCCUAGGCACUAUUCAGUGGCUGAGGAAAUGGAGAUUGGCUCCUUUGUGGCCAAUUUGUUAAAAGACCUAGGAUUGGAGGUAGAAGAUCUAGCUGCGCGGGGUGCUCGGGUCCUUUCCAAAGGGAAAAAAAUGCAUUUGCAGCUCAAUAGGCAGACGGGAGAUUUGUUAUUAAAUGAGAAACUGGAUCGCGAGGAGCUGUGCGGCCCUACAGAGCCCUGCAUACUACCCUUUCAGGUGUUACUGGAAAAUCCCUUGCAGUUUUUUCAGGCCGACCUACGGAUUAGGGACAUAAAUGAUCAUCCCCCUGUUUUCCUAGACCAAGAAAUAAUUUUGAGAAUUUCAGAAAGUAUCACUCCCGGAACUACUUUCUUAACAGAACGUGCCCAGGAUUUAGAUGUAGGAAGUAACACUCUCCAGAGUUACAUGGUCAGCCCCAAUGCCCACUUUCACCUUAAAUUGCAAGACAGCCCUGAAGGCAUAAUACCACAGUUGGUGCUGGACAAACCACUGGAUCGGGAGGAACAGUCAGAGAUCAGAUUAACCCUCACGGCGCUGGAUGGUGGGACUCCACCAAGGUCUGGUACUGCCCUGAUCCGCAUUGAAGUCGUGGAUGUCAAUGAUAAUGCCCCCGAGUGUGCAAAACCACUUUAUGAAGUGCAGGUUCCAGAAAACAGUCCUGUUGGAUCUCAGGUUGUCAUGGUCUCUGCUAGGGAUUUAGACAUUGGAGCCUAUGGAGAAAUAGCUUAUUUUUUUUCCCAAGCCUCUGAAGACAUCCGCAAAACUUUUCGAAUGAAUGCAAAGUCAGGAGAACUCUUUUUAACAAAGAAGCUGGAUUUCGAAUCCAUCCAGACGUACACAUUAAAUAUUCAGGCAACAGAUGGUGGGGGUCUUUCUGGAAGUUGUGUGGUGUUUGUGCAAGUGAUAGAUUUGAAUGAUAACCCGCCGGAACUGACCAUGUCAACACUUAAUGGUGAGAUCGCAGAAAACUUGCCAGAGACCGUAAUUGCUGUAUUCAGUGUUUCAGAUCCUGACUCCGGAGACAAUGGAAGGAUGGUUUGUUCUAUCCAAGAUGAUCUUCCUUUCUUCCUUAAACCCUCUGUUGAGAAUUUUUAUACCCUAGUGACAAAUACACCGCUGGACCGAGAGCUGACAUCCGAGUACAACAUCACGAUCACCGUCUCGGACAUGGGCACCCCCAGGCUGCAGACCCAGCACAACAUCACCGUCCAGGUGUCCGACGUCAACGACAACGCCCCCGCCUUCAGCCAAAGCGCCUACACGCUGCUGGUGCGCGAGAACAACAGCCCCGCCCUGCACAUCGCGGCGCCCGACGCGCAGGCCGACCGGCUCACCGUCUACCUGGUGGUGGCGCUGGCCGCCGUGUCGUCGCUCUUCCUCCUGUCUGCGCUGGCCUUCGUGGCGGCGCGUGUGUGCGCGAGGAGCGGGGCGGCGGCGCGGGGAGGCUCGCCGGGGCCCGAGGGCCACUUCCCGGGCCACCUGGUGGACGUCAGCGGCGCCGGGACGCUGUCCCACAGCUACCAGUAUGAGGUGUGCCUGACGGGAGGUACUGGGACCAGUGAGUUCAAGUUCAUCAAGCCCAUUCUCCCCAACUUCCUUGCUCAGGGUGAGGAGGGUGUUAAUGAGGCAAGUCCGUUUCAGGGGAAGGUAUGAAGUCAAGGAUAAAUUUUAAAGGGCUUAUUGAAUUUAGAUAUUUGUAUCUUUUACUAAUGGUUGUAAAUGAGUGUAUUUAUGGGAACAAAUGUCAAAAAUUUAUAUCCAAUGCAUUAUAGAAUAUCAAACCACCAGUCUUAAAACCCUAAUAGUCAGGUACUUUAAAAAAAUGACUUUCCUAAGGUAGUUUUGUGUGGGCUUAAUGAAGCUGGUGCAUAGACAACAAUAUGUGUUAUUUAAGAUGUACCAUGUUUUUAAGGGUAUAAUGCUCAUAUGAAAGUAAUACACCUAAUUCAGAAUGACAGUAAAAUUUAUUUCAAUAUUGGGCCUCCCUGGUGGUGCAGGGAUUAAAAUUUCAGAAUUUUCAAGCUACUGCUAGGCACCUUGGCAAAAGUUUGCUCCCCAGCCAGGGAGCUAACCUACAAGGCACAGAAGACCUCUCCUGUUUUG